AGAGCAUCUACAGAAAAGAAAAGCAAAAACUCAGUUCAUCAUGUCUGCUCUUUCCAUCCCCGAGGGCGCCACCAUCGUCCACACCUUCAAGCAGUCCUUUGUCGACGUGCCCAUUGAUGCCGAAAAUGGCAAUGCCGUUGCUACCACGCAGUUCCUCGAUGCUGCUGAGUCCCUGACCACCAUGUUUGAUGUUCUGGGCUCUGUUGCCUUCUCUCCCGUCAAGAAUGAUAUGCUUGGCAACGUCAAGAAACUCCGUGACCGCCAGCUCGCCGCUCCCGCCGAGUCUGGAAACAUCCAGGACCUCUGCCGCAACGAGCUCAAGACCAAGAAGCACACUGCCACCGAGGGCCUUCUGUGGCUCGUCCGUGGUCUCGAGUUUACCUGCCUGGCCCUCAGUGCCAACGUCGCCAAGCCCACCGAGGAGCUUGCCGACUCUUUCCGAACCGCCUAUGGCUCAACCCUGAAGCCUCACCACAGCUUCCUGAUCAAGCCCGUCUUCAGUGCUGCCAUGAGCGCCUGCCCUUACCGUAACGACUUCUACACCAAGCUGGGAGCCGACCAGGAGAAGGUCACCUCUGACCUGACGGUCUACCUGGCCGCUCUGCAGAAGAUUGUCACCAUUCUGAAGGCCUUUGUCGAGAGCAAGGAGGCUAAGUGGUAAAUUGGCUAGCAUUCAAGCGGCCUGUUAGCACGUUCUAGUACAUAUUAGUAAUUUUACGAAGGAACGACAUGAGGCGAGUAUAUCUAUUAUUAUUAGCUGGGUCAAACAUACUAGCGUCUUGGAGAUGAAUUGAAAGCUGCGUGUCCUUUG